CAAGGUCUCGCAACCAAAUCUUGGGUUCGGGAGUCGGUUAUGCGAAGGGAAGGUAUUAGCACCCCUACGCAUCCGUAGUACUCUACGGGAUCCACUUAUGCGGUUUCUGUUUAAAGGGUAUGGUUUUGCCUAAUGUGCUAUUUACUAAAAAGGUUAAGAGAAAUGGACUCGCGCGGAUGUCGCAUCCACUGCAUACGUAUCUCAUAUGAAUAUGAGAAUCAGAGUCUUCGUAGCUCGGCUGACCUAUGGGUUGGGGUAAUUGUGCUCGCUAAGACAUCGCGUCUUAUGCCUACGUAUCUCAUCUGGAAUGAGAAUCAGAGCAAGCCGUAGUUCGACUAACUACGGGGUUAUGGAUUAUGUUACGGGGUGAACAACGUUACUACGCAAUCUACCGGAUGCUCGACCUUUGGAGACUUACUCGCCUGUAGUAGAAGGAGUAAACGUGUUGCUUUGGGUUUUAGGUUUUGUUUGCGUUGUAGGAACGCGCAUGCAAAAAGGAAGUCCUAGGCGGAGGAACAGUGCUACCUAAAUUGGCAUGCAAACGGGAGACUAUGCGAAGCCUCGCAUCCUAUGGGGAAAUAAUCACAUCACACAAAACAUAUAUCUUGAAAUAGAAAAAAUGCCACCAAGGGGCUCAAACAUUGCCUCCUACCGAGGUCUUCCAGCUAAGAAACAGUAGAAAUAAAAGGGAAGAAGUAAAAUACCACACGGAUCAAGAUCCGAAGUUACAGCAAUUAAAGGAUAAGCGACCCUGAGAUUCUCCCAAGCUGAUGAGAGACCUGUUAAAAUUGGAAGACAAGGCCGGAUUGGCGAAGCAACGUUUAGGGUUUGCGCGAGGCGGAAUGAACUUCUCAGGGCUGCCCGAAGGUUGCUGCAGAGUAGUUCCUAGAUUUGAAACUCCACGUGAACUCCAAGUCUAUUUCUCAGGGAAUUUCCAAGUGUCUGAAACCCUACUGAAACUCUUAUAUUUAUAGCUGAUUUUCGUGGACUUGUGGGCUUGGAAUGAGGGAGACCCAAAAUUUGUUAUAUUUUAAUUAUUUAUUUAUUUUUUUCUUUUUUUCUUUUCCUUUUUUUUUUUUUUUUGGAAAAACUGAAGGGUAAAUUUUGGGGUAUUACACAAUUGAUUCCAAAAUUGAUCUUUGAAUCCAUGAUAGAUUUCUGCUAUUGUAGUUAACCAAUACUUGUAUGCGUUAUAUUCAACUAAUUACCAUGUUUUGAAUUUUCAAUACAAGGUUGCCUAGCUUUGCCAUACAUAUAUGGCAGACAUUGCAGUGUCCAUUAUAGCUAAGCUUUCAGAAUAUUUGGUCGACCCUAUAUUAAACAAUGCUCGUUACGUUUUCGGUUUCAACCAAAUCGUUAGAGGUCUUUAUGAUCAAAAGGACGAGUUGAUAGUAACCCAAAAGAGUGUGAAGGAGCGCAUGAAAGAAGCCAGAAGGAAAACCGAAAUAAUCGAGGAAGCUGUAGAGAGGUGGAUGAAUGAUGUUAAUAAUGUCUUAAAAGAUGUAGAAAAGCUUGAAGAAAAAACUAAAGAUAACAAAGGGUGUUACCGUGUAACUUUCCAAUACUUUCUAGCAAAAGAAGCAGAGAAUUCGACAAAGAGAAUGAAGAAUCUAUAUAUCAGCUGCAUAUUUGAGCCAUUUUCUAGGCGCACAGAGCUUCCUGGCAUGAAAUACUUUUCAUCCAAAAACUUUGUGUAUUCCAAGUCCACUGAGCAUGCUUAUAAUAAACUCAUGGAGGCAUUGAAAGAUGGAAAAUGUAACAUGAUUGGAUUUCAUGGGAUGGGAGGAUCUGGUAAAACCACUUUGGUGAAAGAGGUUGGGAAGAAAGCCGAGGAGUUGCAACUUUUCGACAAAGUUGUUAUGGCUGUUGUCUCUCACAAUCCAGAAGUGACGAAUAUCCAAGGUCAAAUUGCAGACAGUUUGGAUUUGAUAUUGAGGGAAGAGACAACAAUUGGUAGAGCACAAAGACUUUCGACAAGCUUACAAGUUGAGAGGACUCUUGUGAUCUUGGAUGAUGUGUGGGAGAAUCUUGAUUUUGAAGCCAUAGGGAUUCCACCAUGUUGCACUGUCUUGCUAGCUACUCGCGGUCGAGAUGUAUGCGUGUCUAUGAACUGUCAAAUUACGGUUGAGUUGUCUCUCUUGGAUGAGGAGGAAGCCUGGACUUUGUUUAAAAGAUGUGCAGAUAUCAUUGAUGACUCACCAUAUGCCUUGAAGUUGAAGAAUGUGCCAAGGAAAAUUGCUAAAAAAUGCAAAGGACUCCCCAUUGCAAUUGUGACUAUGGCAAGUAUGUUAAGAGGGAAGAAAGUUGAAGAAUGGGAGUUAGCAUUGCUUAGACUAGAGGAAUCACAGGAACUUGAUGUUGAAGAAGUGUUGAGCAGUUGUUAUGCAUGUAUCAAGUUAAGCUAUGACAAUUUGACAAAGCAAGUUUCGAAGAAUCUCUUUUUGUUGUGCUCGAUAUUUCCAGAAGAUUAUGAGAUCAAUAUGGAAGAUUUGGUUAGGUACAUAAAGGGACUCGGACCAUCUGCCGGGACUAUUGGAACAAUGGAGAAAGUGAGGAGAGAGACACAAGUGACCAUGAACAUCCUUAAGGAUUCAUAUUUGUUGCAACCUUGUGGUAAACAAGAAUUUGUGAAAAUGCAUGACUUAGUUCGGGAUGCAGCCUUAUGGAUUGCUUCGAAAGAAGGUAAAGCGAUUAAGAUACCGGCCAAAACAUCGGUAGCAGUAGAAGAAAAUGUAAAAGAGAUCGCAGCGAUGUCCUUAUGGAGCAUGGAAAAUCUUCCUUCUAUUGAUCAAUUGCAGUGUUCAGCACUCAAGACUCUUCUACUUCAUUCCACAGAUGAAUCUUCUUUACAAUUACCAAAAGAAUAUUUUGGAAAGAUGCAAAUGUUGGAAGUCUUGGGGAUUACAAAAUUUUACUACACAUGGCGCAAUCUGUAUACGCUGCGCUACUUGAGUUCAUCAUUGUCUAUCUUUGCCGUGCCACAAUCGAUGGAGAGAUUAACUAUGCUACGGACUCUUUGUCUAAGAGGAUAUGAUUUAGGCGAUAUCUCUAUACUGGCAAGCUUAACAAGACUUGAGAUUCUCGAUUUGCGCAGUUCAUCUUUCGAUGAGCUGCCACAAGGAAUCACAACUUUGCAGAAACUAAGACUACUGGAUAUAUACACUUGCCGCAUCAAGAAGAACAACCCUUAUGAAGUGAUAAGGAAGUGUACACAGCUAGAGGAAUUGUAUAUAUGGAGAGUUGAAGAUGAUUCUUUACCGAUUAUCUCUUUACCAAGGUUGCAUAGAUAUGUAAUUGUAUGCGACAAGUUCAGGGAAAACUGUAGAUUCCUCAUCGAUGCUUAUCUAGAGGAUCACGUGCCAUCAAGAGCAUUAUGCAUAGACCAGUUUGAUGCCUCAGCUCUUAUUCAUGAUUCAUCUUCAAUCAAAGAUUUGUUUCUGAGAUCGGAGCAUCUUUACAUGGGACAUCUUCGGGGAGGGUGCAAGAGCAUCGUCCCACACAUGGAUCAAGGAGGCAUGAAUGAGAUGAUUGGACUAAUACUCGAAUCUUGUUCAGAAAUAGAAUGCCUUCUUGAUACUACAAAUACCAAUUUGCCAGCAUUCUUUGAGUUGGUUACGUUGAAGUUGAUAUGGAUGAAUGGUCUUAAACGAGUUUUCAAUGAUCCAUCUUUCCAAUGCCCUCUUGAAAAAUUACAAGACCUGCAGAUAGAGUAUUGUACACAACUGAGUAGCAUAUCUUUUCCAAGGAAUUCAAAUAUGUGUAAUCUUAAGAUUCUAAGAUUACAGUGGUGUCCAAUGCUAACUUCAUCACUUUUUGUACCUGCCAUUGCUCGACGCCUAAUGCUACUAGAGGAAUUAAAAAUAUUUGAUUGUAGCAAGUUGAAGCAUAUCAUAGCAGAAGAGUAUGAAGCAGAUGAGAAUGCUAGUAAUCCAAGUCCUACCUUGAAAGUGUUCCCAAAUUUAAGGAUUCUUCAUGUGCACGGUUGCCAUAGUUUAGAAUCAAUCUUUCCAAUCUCUUUUGCUCAAAGCCUAGAGAGAUUAGAGAAGAUAGUUAUAUGGUACAACUUUGGGUUAAAUUAUGUAUUCGGUACACACAAAGAUUACAAGAAUAGUGUGAAUGAGGUUAAGGCCAACAUCAACCUCAUUUCUUUAAGAAGAAUCUCACUUGUAUCAUUGUCGAAUUUGAUUGACAUUUUCCCGAAACAUUGUCAUCCAAGGUCGCCAAAUUUGAAAGAGAUAGAAUGCAGAGAAUGUCCUCGCUUAUCAACCAACCUUAUGUACAAGACUUUGCUCAGUUCAGAUCAACAGAAAGGUCUCAUGGCCACUGAGGAGAGAGUAGUCUUUCCUGAUAGCGAAGAAUCUGUCCUAGCCUUGGAAUAUCUUACCUUUGAGAAUUCCAUGGUAGAAGGUAUUUUCCAAAUGCAAGCUGCAAAACAAGGGCCAUUAAAUUCAAACUUAUCUCAUUUAUGUUUAAAGCAUUUACCCGAGUUGAGGCUUAUUUGGAAGGGCCCAAAAGAUGUUCUCGGCCUCCAGAAGCUCAAGAGUUUGGUGCUGGUUGGAUGCAGAAACUUGGAAACCAUCUUCUCUCCUACUAUUGUUGGAAUCCUAUCUGAGCUGAGUGAACUUGUUGUAAGCAAGUGUGAUAAGUUGGAACAAAUCAUUUGUUCGGAUCGUUUAGCGCAAGAUGGAAACUUACCUGUUUUUUCCAAAUCAGUGUGCUUCCCUCUACUGUCCAUUGUUCAUGUCUUUCAGUGCAACAAUUUGAAAAGCCUUUUCUCUCAUUCAUUGCCUUCUCCAUUUCCUGAACUAGAAUUUAUUACUAUAGAGGAGUGUUCUGAAAUAGAACAGGUUUUCUUUUUCAAUGAAGAUGAUAAAGGUCAACAUGUGGCAGAAGAAAACAAACAGAAUUUAGUGCUUCCAAAAUUGCGCGAGGUGAAACUCGUACAUUUGCCAAACAUCACUGAAUUUUCUAAAGGACCUUAUAAACUGCAGCAAAAUGUGAAACAUUACACAGUGAGACACUGUCCCAAAUAUACUUGUGCUCGGUUGCAGGAAAAGACUCCAUUUUCAGCCAUACAUUUACAAACAAUUGGGGAUGUUUGUGAAAUGGGAUUAGGAUCUGGCUCAACUAGUACUUUUUCCGCCACUGCUGAUAUUAAUCCUCAGAUACAAGAGAGGGUGAGCAAGUUGGAAACAAACUUAGAAUCUGAGAGACAAAGAAGAAGGCUGAUGGAGUUAGAUUUGCAGGUUGAGAGGGAAAGGCGAAAACUAAUAGAACUGAAACUGGAAACUGAGCAAGAAAGACGACGAAUCAUGGAAGAAACAAUGCUUUCUUUCUUUCAUAAAAUGCUUGGAAGGGUCCCUCAACAGUUUUCUCACCUUCUUUCUCAAACUCAAUCGGCACAAAAUGAAGAAAGUGAAGAUCAGGACUUUCAAAAUGUAUCCAUACAGUCCCUCUGAAUCUGUUAUGUUCAAAUAUGAGCUAGCAAAAGGAAAAUGGUCCUAAACUGUUUUUCAACACAGGCCAUACACAUCCACUACUACAUUAGGAGGUUUGUUAAUGUAUUAAUAUAAAAAAGC